UCCAUCCAAUGCCAAAUACAGAGGGAGGCUAGAGCUAGAGCGGCUCAGCCGGCGUAGAGCAAACUGUAGAGACCACCCUAUUCCAAACAAAAACCAGAGGAUUUCACAAAUGCUGGCGAUUUCAUCGUCGAUAGCCUUGACAGCGUUUUUUCCACGAAUAAUUCCCGUGGGGAAAUACCAUGGCCUUUCUCGAAGCAUACUGCCCGUAUGGCGAGACGUUUUCAAGCUCCGGCCACACGUUCAGAAGUUCAGGGUGCAGGUGACUCUUGCGGCUCCUUCGGAUACUGUUACGAAAGCAGACAAGCUCGUUGGUGGAUGGCUGCUGGCAUGCAGCGGCAUGGCAUUUGGAGCAGUAGUCAUAGGCGGCAUAACCAGGCUCACCAAAUCUGGCCUGUCUAUGGUGGACUGGCACCCUUUUGCAGAGUUCCCUCCGACAAACCACGAUUCCUGGGUGCGAGAGUUUGCAAAGUACCAGCAAUACCCAGAGUUUCAACAGUGCAACAAAGACAUGACUUUAGCAGAAUUUAAACGUAUCUGGUACAUGGAGUACGUCCACCGAAGUUGGGGGCGUACGCUCGGACUAGUCUUUUACCCUACGGCGGCGUUCUUCUGGUGGCGUGGCUUGUUGCAAGGGAGGAAACUCAAAGCCGGAGUUGCGCUUUUAGGGCUAGGACUUGCUUUUCAGGGAGCAUUGGGCUGGUUCAUGGUGCGCAGCGGCUUGCGAGACGAACCCCGCGUGAGCCAGUACCGUCUUGCCGCACAUCUCGGCACGGCCAUCGUCUGGUACGGAGGCGCCCUCUGGGGAGCGCUGUCCCUCCUGCUUCCCCCCACGCACGUUGGGGCACCCGUCAAGAUGGUGCGGAGAGGUGCCCACGGUUUGUUGGGGCUGGCCUUCUGCACUGCCAUGUCUGGCGCCCUAGUGGCCGGUCUCGAGGCCGGCCUCGUUUACAACUCCUUCCCCAAGAUGGCGGACCGCUGGUUGCCGUCUGAUUUGUGGGCGCUGAGCCCAGUGCUCAGGAAUAUCACGGAAAAUCCCACAACAGCACAGUUCAACCAUCGCAUCUUGGGUGUGACCACGGUAUGUGCAGCUACGCUGCUCUGGGCCCUGGGACGCGGGCGCGCGUUAACGCCCCGCGCGCGCCUGGCACUGACCUGCGUGGCCGGCUUGGCUUGGAUGCAGGCGACGUUGGGAGUCACAACACUGCUGACGCAAGUGCCGAUUGCCCUGGCCUCGGCCCACCAGAUGGGAGCACUUUCGCUUCUCACGCUCGCACUGUGGCUCGCUCAUGAACUGAAGCACGUUAGGCGGUUGCCCGUCUAGACUUUUCUUUUUUUUUUUUCAAUGAGGUUAAGA